CCGGUUCGGAGACGAGCUGGGCUACUUUGGAUUAUCUCUUCUUACUUUGUCCGCCAUCAACAAACUAUAGUACCAUUUCGGAUACGACACUUUGGCACCUCCGUGUUGAACUAGACGGGAUAAAGUGGACUAUUACGACUUUCUGGCUUUAAUUCGCGGACGUUUGGAUGUUCGCUUCGACACCAACCGAACCGCAAACGUUUGAAGCGUCCCAUGCGGUAGACGGUGACCGGCAGCAUCACACUCCCUUACCGCCUGGAUAAGGGCUCCGUCUAUCGCUUGGGUUGGAGGAAGUAUGACCGCGCUGGCCGGGUCUAUCCCCAGAAUGAUGCGACCCACGCUGGCUCAAAACUACCCGCGCAGCGGCUUCCCCCUGGAAGUGUCAACGCCGCUGGGUCAAGGCCGCGUGAACCAGCUCGGCGGAGUAUUCAUAAAUGGCCGACCUUUGCCUAACCACAUCCGGCAUAAAAUCGUGGAGAUGGCCCACCACGGGAUCCGGCCGUGCGUCAUCUCUAGACAGCUCCGGGUGUCCCACGGCUGCGUGUCCAAAAUCCUGUGCCGAUACCAGGAGACGGGCUCCAUCCGACCGGGGGCCAUCGGGGGCAGCAAGCCCAAGCAGGUGACCACGCCGGAUGUGGACCGGAGAAUUGAAGACUACAAGCGGGAAAACCCGGGUAUGUUUAGCUGGGAGAUUGGGGAUAAAUUACUAAAGGAUGGGAUAAGUCAGUGGUUCUCAAAUGGGGGUUUACGUGUACCCCUGGGGGUACUUGAAGGUAUGCCAAGGCAGUGGUCCCCAACCACCGUGGACCGAUUGGUACCGGGCCGCGGCCGCACAAGAAUAAAAAAAAAAAAUACAAAUAAAAUUAAAUUAAAAAAAAAUAUAUAUAUAUAUACAUAUAUAUAUUUUAAAUUAAAUCAACAUAAAAAACACAAUAUAUACAUUAUAUAUCAAUAUAAAUCAAUACAGUCUGAAGGGAUACUAAGGGACAGCCAGCGAGAGACCAUGCACACCCCACGCGAGCAGAAAGGCGGCUGA